GGCAUGCGGGCGGCCGACGCGGGCUCCUGGGAGCGCGUCCGGCAGCUGGCGGCGCAGGGCGAGCCGGCGCCGAGCUGCGGGCCGGGGGCCGGGCCCGCGCGCCUCCCGGGGCCCGCGGCCUGCGAGCCGUGCGCGGACGCGCCGGGGCCCGGCGGUCGGCUCGGCGCCGGGGCGCCCUCCUCGGGAGCGGAUGACGACGGCCGCCGGCCGGUGCUGCGGGAGGAAGUGGCCCGGCUCCAGGAGGAAGUUCACCUUCUCCGGCAGAUGAAGGAGAUGCUGGCCAAGGACCUGGAGGAGUCGCAGGGCGGCAAGGGCCCCGAGGUCCUCACGGCCACCGAGCUCCGGGUCCAGCUGGUGCAGAAGGAGCAGGAGCUGGCCAGAGCCAAAGAGGCCUUGCAGGCCAUGAAAGCCGACCGGAAGCGCUUGAAGGGCGAGAAGACCGACCUGGUGAGCCAGAUGCAGCAGCUCUACGCCACGCUGGAGAGCCGUGAGGAGCAGCUGCGGGACUUCAUCCGCAACUACGAGCAGCACCGCAAGGAAAGCGAGGAUGCCGUCAAGGCCCUGGCCAAGGAGAAAGACCUGCUGGAGCGGGAGAAGUGGGAACUGCGGCGCCAGGCCAAGGAGGCCACGGACCACGCAGCCGCGCUGCGCUCCCAGCUGGACCUGAAGGACAACCGGAUGAAGGAGCUGGAGGCCGAGCUGGCCAUGGCCAAGCAGUCCUUAGCCACGCUGACCAAGGACGUCCCCAAGCGGCAUUCCCUCGCCAUGCCGGGCGAGACGGUGCUCAACGGCAACCAGGAGUGGGUGGUGCAGGCCGACCUCCCGCUGACGGCGGCCAUCCGGCAGAGCCAGCAGACCCUCUACCACUCCCACCCUCCCCACCCUGCCGACCGGCAAGCGGUCAGGGUCAGCCCCUGCCACUCCCGGCAGCCCUCCGUCAUCUCGGACGCGUCCGCCGCUGAGGGCGACCGGUCGUCCACGCCCAGCGACAUCAACUCGCCGCGGCACCGGACCCACUCUCUCUGCAACGGCGACAGUCCCGGCCCAGUUCAGAAGAACCUGCACAACCCUAUUGUACAGUCACUCGAGGACCUUGAAGACCAAAAACGGAAAAAGAAGAAAGAGAAGAUGGGAUUCGGCUCCAUCUCCCGCGUCUUCGCCAGAGGGAAACAGCGGAAGUCCCUCGACCCGGGCCUCUUUGAUGGUACCGCCCCCGAUUAUUACAUAGAGGAGGACGCGGACUGGUGAUGGCCCCGCCCUGCGCCCGCCGCCCGCGGGCGUGUCUGUGCGUGUGGACGAGCGAGCCAGUGUGCCUGGGCGGGCGGGCGGGCGGGGCGGGUGGGGCGGGGCGGGGGAGGGGCGCGUGGCCGAGCGCCUGGCGCCGUGGGGCCCCUCCCCCCGCGCGCCGCCGUCUCUGUAACCGAUGUACAUAACCACGGACCGCGCGUGGCCACGUCCGCUCUGCUGUCGUCUGCCGCGAUGCGGUUGUGUUUGUUACUCUUGUUGGGUUUGUUUUUUUUUCUUUUUUCUUUUUCCAUGUUCUUUUCGUUUCGUUUCGGUUUCCCGGUUUCUCCUCCUCCUCUCUCCUUCCCUCUUCGCCUCCUCUUCCUUUUUUAUGAAACUUGAACACUUGAAGGACUGUUGUGUUGUUUGUAAAUAACAAAGCCCUCGUCCACCUGGUUCCCCCAAAGACCCCCAGGGGGCCUGUCUCCCCCGGGAUGGGGUCUGGUUCUUGACGCCCUGCUCCCCGCCCCCCCCCCCCACCACCACCCCACGUGGGAGCGUGUGGGACCAGACCCCGUCCUCGGGCUAUGCCGCCACCCGCCAUCGCGGUCAGGACGAGGUGGCUCCACUGAGCCCCGAGGGCCCGGCCCGGCUCCCGGCUCCCGGCGGAGGGGCCGGGGUGGGGGGGGGCCUGGCUGCAUUUGUUCCAGUCAAACGGGCUCUUUUUUUAAUGGCCUGCCUGUUUUUAAAUUGUGUUUGCAGUUUGUUUCUUUCUAGGAAAAAAAAAAGAAAAAAAGAAAGUGGUUUCGUUUAAUUUAUUUGCACAAAUGCAGAAAAACAUAUUCUAUCUAAAUUAUUACUUAAAUAUCGGAUUGUAUAUUUUUCCACGGGGUGGGGUGGGAGGCGGGCGUUUCUGUUCACUUCUCUUUUGUCUGUGCUCGCACCACUGCCCGGCUGUGCGAGGUAGAGCUGAGGGUGGCCGGCACCGGGCCCUUGGGUGGCCAAGCUUGCUCUGUCUGUCCUCUCCUGUCUGUCUCUCCUGUCUGCUGCUCGUGCAUGCCAGGCUUGCCCACCUCCUUCCUACCCCGUCUCCUCUGGCUGCAGUCUCUCUCUCUCUCUCUCUCUCUCUGUUUGUCUGCUGUCCAGAACAUGGCCUCCAUGAGCACAGUGAACACCCUCACAGUCCCCCCUCGGGUGGGCCUGUCUUUAGAGCGAGGCUUAGCCCAGAGAGAGCGAGCCUGGGUGCACCCGUGGCCAACCUGCGUUCUUUUAACCACGCUUUGCCUCUCGGGAUCCUUGGGCCCGGGCCUCCAGCUUGUCCUGGCAGCUUGGGCCUGUCACCCCCCCAGGAGAGGAGGGUUUGGUGGGUGCCUGUUCCUAUCCGGGAAGCAGUGUUAGUCUCCCAUGAGGCUUUGGGGGAGCAGCACUGGGUCCCCCCGAGAGGCUCCAGGAGGGGAGGAGCUGUGUACAAUCUAACACCGGGCUGCAGGGGAACCGGGCACAUCCGGCCAGGUCCCCCGCGCCCACAGCUUCCUUGUGUCUUCACCUGCGACCCCCUUUGCACUCACCCCGAAUGACUAACAGCUCAGUGCACACGUAGUGGCCGAGUCUACUAACGGUAGAGCCUUCCAACCUCUUAGAAAGCAGCAAGCAGAUCUCCAGAGGCGGGAGCCUUUAGAACAAAGAGCAUCCUUGGUCCCCAGUCAUAGAACAGACCCAGAGCCCGCACCGGUCAGCUCUCCUCCAGCCGGGCCCCGGGUGGCCAGGCUUCCCUGCUAAGCCGCUGGCUGGUGAAGCCCGCCGGCACGGACGAUCGAGAGAGAUUUUUAGGAAAUACUUUUCCGAGACCCCAUGAUAUAUUUUUUUUUCCUUGCGGUUGCUGUUUAUUUUUAUGGGUUUUGUUUCCCCCCCCCCCCCCAUACACUUCACAAAGUAAGAUUACGACCACUCCUGGUAAUAACUUAGUAGUUCCUUUUCAUUUCAGCUUUUAUAAAUUAGGGGGUAAUUCUAAAAGUUACAAAGGAUGAUUUAUUUAAGAGAACUACGUCAAAUAGCAAAUGACUUAUGGGUAACGUUAGAUGAAAAUAACCUUUUCCCGUGGGAAAAGUUUCUCAAAGGCAUGGAUCCAAAUAUAAAAUAUUAAAAAAAAAUCUAAAUAAAGCUUAUUUUAAAAUA